AUGGCUGCAGCUGUCCAACGGCUGCUGCAGUGGAAGGUACUUCAAAGUUCCUGGCUGCCAAAGGACUUCAUCUCCUGCCAGCUGAGAUUUGUGGCGACCCGCUCGGAACCUGAAGGCUACUCACGCCCCUACGGUAGCGACAAGCCGUGGCCUAGCCUCCUCGACAAGGAGCGGGAGGAGAGCCUCCGACAGAAGAGAUUAAGCGAGAGAGAAAGGAUUGGAGAAUUGGGAGCUCCUGAAGUAUGGGGACUUUCUCCAAAGAAUCCUGAGCCAGAUUCUGAUGAACAUACCCCAGUAGAGGAUGAAGAGCCAAAGAAAAGCACCAGUUCAGCUUCUACUUCAGAAGAAGAUAAAAAGAAAAAGAAGAAGUCUAGUCACUCAAAAGAAAGAUCCAGGAAAAGGAGAAAGAAAAAAUCAUCUAAAAGAAAACACAAGAAAUAUUCUGAAGACAGUGACAGUGACUCUGAGUCUGAAACAGACUCCAGUGAUGAAGAAACAAAAAGGAGAGCAAAGAAAGCAAAGAAAAAGGAAAAGAAGAAGAAACACAGAUCAAAAAAAUAUAAGAAAAAGAAGUCUAAGAAGAGCAGAAAAGAGUCCAGUGAUUCAAGCUCUAAAGAUUCCCAAGAAGAGUUUCUAGAGAAUCCCUGGAAGGAUCGAUCAAAGGCUGAAGAACCCUCAGAUUUAAUCGGCCCAGAGGCUCCAAAAACACUUGCCUCUCAAGACGAUAAACCUUUGAACUAUGGGCAUGCUCUGUUACCUGGUGAAGGUGCAGCUAUGGCCGAAUAUGUAAAAGCUGGAAAACGUAUCCCACGAAGAGGUGAAAUUGGCUUGACAAGUGAAGAAAUUGCAUCAUUUGAAUGCUCAGGUUACGUAAUGAGUGGUAGCAGGCAUCGCCGAAUGGAGGCUGUGCGACUGCGCAAAGAGAACCAGAUCUACAGCGCUGAUGAGAAGAGAGCCCUUGCAUCCUUUAACCAAGAAGAGAGACGAAAGAGAGAGAACAAGAUUCUGGCCAGUUUUCGAGAGAUGGUUUACAGAAAGACCAAAGGGAAGGAUGACAAAUAAGGAUUUUCGGAUUGUUCAGCAGACAUUUUAACAACAAAAAAGAAAGUCUGGGCUCCACACACAUACACAAAAUGAUUAUUAUGCUCCAAAAAAGCUUUACAGUGCUACUGUGCCUUCUAUUUAAUUCAUUCACUCCUUCAAUAAAAAGCUGCUUAUUGAUAUAACUUUAGCAAGUUCUUGGGUUAUUUUCAAUUGACUAUGAUAACUUUCUAGUUAAAAAAUCCAAAUUACGGAUCAAAUUCUACUGUAUUGAGGCAGGCGGCACAAGAGACAAUGUCAGUGAAGUGAGAAGCUACAAUCUCAUGCCAUGGGACAGCGCCACGGUUAGCUCCACAUGAUGCCGUCCACCUGAACUGGGGGACAAUGAUCAUGUCCUUCUGUGUUGACUGUGUUAUACAUGGACUUGAUAGAAACAUAUAAGAGGCCACUUUUGUUAACAAAAAAUGAAGACGUCGCUGAAAAAGAAGCAAAUAUGGAAUUUGAACACUGACUUGUGUAAUGCAGUAGUCUGCCCUGGAAAUAAUGGAUUUUGGGUUAAGUCCCUACCUCUACUCCAAAACCAAAAAGCAAACUUACCCAUAUGACUGUUGAUUUGGAAAUAUGAGCAUUAACUUUUUUAAAUUCUUAGUAAGAUCAUGCUUAAAAA